AUGAAUCACGAUGCCCCACUCCCUUUAAUACAGCCCAGUAUCGAUCUGGACUCAGAUGAAGAAUCGCAGGAUGUGUCAGCCACUUUAUUCUGGUACGGAUACGCCGUGCUAGCGAUUUCAUGGACGCUUUUCAUCGUCACAGCCAACACAGUCUUCCUGUGCUGGAAGUUUGUCAUCGAGCCACUUUCCUGGACAGAAUCUACUAAACAUGAAUACGAUUAUUUAUAUGUUGUGUUUAGCACUAUCGACGAGUAUGUGAUGAGUCUAUGGGGCGUCUAUGUUGUGGCUUGGUGGUGGGCACUUUUCUCAUGGGUAGGACUUAAGUUGUUCAAACAGUCCAAAGGUAUCCAGACGUGA